AUAAUGGGUCUUUCAAUGAAACACAGUGGUCUUUGAAUGCCCCUUUUCCCCAUGAAAGGUGGAAAAUACGACAACUGUCUGCGCAGGUGUGGUGAGUUUUUCAAACACAGACAGGCGCAGUGGACACACCCACUGUUUUCUUUCAAGAACGGACUCAACCAUGAUGAAAAAGUGUCUGUUCUCUUAGUUUCAUAUUUAAAUUCGCAUAACUGUCAACGCCACCUAAUCUUAUUACUUAAGCAUAACAUUUUAAAUAAUGUAAUAAAUCGUGCGAUAUAAAAAUGGCUGACACUUGUCCUCAACUCCCCCAUUUCUGAGGAAAAUGGUUCAGUCCAUGUUUAAACCUGCAGUUUGUAAAAGUUAAACGUUACAGUUCGUGUUUACAGUUCAUGACAAAAUUGUUCAACACUCGGCGUUAAACGUAACAGGCCAUUAUUGUAAUGUCAAAUCAAAAAGACCAGGCAUCUGAUGGUUUCCCCACUGACCUGCCCUGUUUGGAAAAACUGGACUCUCCUACAGGGAGCCCCCCCAUUGCCUCAUCAUCCAGCCUAAUGGAGCUGGGAAAUUGUGUAUCCAACCUGAGUCUGGCCCAUGAAAUACUGGUGAACAAAGACUUCAGUUUGACCCCCAAGAAACCUCCUACAGACAGUCUGGAGGACAGAGUGACACAGAUCAUUCACAGUGCUUUCUGGGACAGUCUUCAGGAGCAGCUCAGCAGUGACCCUCCAAACUACACUCGUGCUGUGGUUCUGCUGAUGGAGGUCAAGACAAUGCUUCAGUCCCUCCUGCUGCCCGGUCACAUUAGACUGAGAUCUCAGCUGGACGAGGUCCUGGACAUGGACCUGAUCAAUCAAGAAGUGGACCACGGUGCUUUGGACCUCCAUAGACUGGCAGGGUACAUCAUCAACACCAUGGCGUCUUUGUGUGCACCUGUACGUGACCCAGAGGUCAGAGCACUGAGAGAGCUCAGGGAGCCAGUGGAGCUGCUGAGGAACAUCUUCCUUGUUCUGAAGCUGAUGAAGACUGACAUGGCCAACUUCACUAUCCAGAGUUUGAGGCCUCACCUGCUACAGCAGGCUGUGUUCUAUGAAAGGACAAAGUUCCAGCAGAUCCUGGACAAGCAGCCCAAUUUCUUGGAUAACACCACAACCUGGCUGGAAGCAGCAGCAUCAGAGGAGAGGUCCAUCAUCAGAGCUCAGGCUGAUUCUCCCAUUCCUGGUGGACAGGAUCUCACCAGUGCCACCUCUGUCCUGAACCGGGCCUACUUGCGAUUGCUUUCCUGGGAUCCCCAGAGCCAAAAAUAUCCUGAGACUGUACUGAUGGACCGAGCUCGCCUGGACGAUCUUGGGCAGCAGCUCCAAAUGCUGGUGCUGGAGGCGUCAGUGCUGCUCCUGGCCAAAGUUCACUGUGGGGACACACUUUUCUCUUCACAGGGGUUUGUAGGUAAACUCAGGCAGACCAUCACUGCCCUGCUGGAGGGUAGUCACACAAGGGAGGCUGACCAAAGGGGGGCACUAGUAGGACUAGAGAACACAGUGUUGCAGCAGGUGAAAGAAGCUGCAGUUCAACAGGCAGGAGCAGCGCUGCCCCAGGGACUGUAUCUGCUGAGAGGGCAAAUAUCUGACCUGUGGAAACAUGACAAUGCCAUCCGCACACUCAUAGGUGAAAGGGUACAGGGCUUCCUCCAGGCCAUGCUGCAGGGCAGCUCUGCCAAAGGCAGUCCAGAUUUGGCUGCUCCUCUGAGACUGGUGAGUGCUGAGCUGACUGAGCUGGGGACAAACUUUAGGCAAAUCGUCAACUUCAAUCGAACCGUCUUCGGUCCCUUCUAUGCACCAAUCCUCAGGAAACUGAUGUUCCCCUCUGGAGUGGGGGAGGCCUGGCGCUAAGCUGAUGUUAGGGACACCUUGUGCCCUUAAGAACAGCCGCUAUUGGGCGUUGAACACGUGACUUUUGUGUAAAUACAGCGAGUGAGAAGGUGACAGGGAAACCCAAUGGUGAGAUGUUACAGCAGAUAAAUCAUUAAGUAUAAAUAUAUAUAUACGUGUAUAUACAUAUAUGUUGUUUUUUUAUCAGGGCAGUUGGUUCGAUAUUAUUUUAUUUCUUUAGAUUCCUAUUAUAUGUUGAAACAGAAACAAAAAUAUAUAGAAACCAUGUACAGAAUUAUUAAUACAGAACAUUUAACGUUACAAAACAAACAGGCGGUGACAAAGAAAAGACAGGAGUAACUCACAGUCGGUGUGUAAACAAGGAAAUUCUUCAUUUUUGUUUUUUUUUUGGGUUAGGAAUAAUAUCUGUUCUAAAACAUCUUUGUUUGGCUUGUCAGGUUCUUCUCCAUCUUAGAGAAGUACAAAUUACCAAAGGAUAAAUAUCACGAAAGAUGUGUAUAAUAUGUAGCUGCAUUCUUAUAUUCAUGCUGUAGAACUUAAAAGUUUUAUUUUUCCUCAAGUAAACCAAAAAUAUAUAUAUUUUCUUUUUAUGUUUCCCCCACAAUAGUUGGUGCAGAAAUCCACAGUCACAACACAAUAUUUUUGUACCAUAGUACAAACAUUAGCUCUCACACGGUUCUGCAGAUUAGUGUAAGAAAUACUGUGAUUGUUCUGUAUAUUAUGAUGGGAAACCUGUUUCUGGACAAUAACCACGGAGAAAACCUUCAGUGCUGUUAACUCACAUAAACAUCUCCAUCCUUACACCAGAACCCUUAUAAUUAAAUAUUUCUGCAGUUGUAAACACGUCCUCCCCUCAGUCUUUCCACGGCAAAACACAGAAUACUCACAUUUUAAUAACAUAAAAAACAAAUCGGUAAAACAAAAACGCUGUUUUGUGAACCCCAAACAAACAUCCAAAAAAUGGGGGACUAUCAAUAAUCAACAUCUUGGAAUAAAGCUAAGAACACAAUUAUUAAUAUUAAUACAAUAUUCCAAUAAUAAAACAACAGUGUUCCAUUACUUCCAGUUUUCAUUUCGACUCUUUAUCACUUUUAUUAAUGUCUUUCUGGAGACAUUGGUACAAAUGUAUCAAUAAAGCAAUUAAAUUUGAAGUAUUACUUGAAUCACUAUACAUGACACAUAUUGAAAAAUGUAAAAAAAAAAUUAACUUCAAAUUGUAUAUGCAUAAUGCAGUGCUUUGGAAAAAAGGUUAGUGUGUGAUAAUACUAUAAAUGACAUCUACAACAAUGAGACACUAGACCGUAUAUAACAAAUGGAGAGUGAAUACAGAGAGGGUGCUCUGUGUGAAUGUAUUUAGUUGAAAUACAAAGCUACAUUUUAUCUAAGUUAUGAUGUUUAUAAUGUUUUUUCUGUCAAUCCUAUCUCCAGCCUGGUCCUUCUUUGUAAUUAAACAUUGAAAUCCUUCUAAUUCAAAUCCCAUUUAGAGGAAAAUAAACAACAAAUUGCAAAGCGAAUGUGACACACGGUGUCAGUAAGCGUUGUGAUGUUGCAGAGUUCUGUUGGACAUUUCUGCUCUCCAUCAUACAGCCUUCACGCAUAUGCAAUGUCUCUGGUCGUGCAUUGUCAUCUGUUUUACUCUAAAUGGGAUUAUAAUUCACAAGACUGGCAUCACAUUCAAGACCUCAAAGUUUAAGUUGAUUAAACCCAAUCUAUGGCUUAAAGCAGUGCUGAUCACUAUUGUAGGGGAAACACCAAAAGUAUUAUGGUACAGCAUUGUAUUAGUGUCACUUUGAAUUUUAAACAGCUGGUGUCAGAUUCAUUUACUUCUCAAACAUC